CUUCUCUUCUUCUAUCUCCUUUCUCUCCUCUCUCUUUUUUCUGCUCAUCUCUCUCUCUCUCUCUCUCUCUCUCUCUCUCUCUCUCUCUCUAUCUCAUUCUUUUUUUUUUUCUCUUUCUCUUUUCAAAUUCGAUACCAUGCAUAAUUUGCCGGUACUCUGGUGAUCUUCACGACAGAGAAGUCUUCUCUUUUAAUAGUUCAGCUCUGCGUCGUCUGCUGAGUAACAACGUGUUUGAGGUAUCAGGUGUGCUGUGACAGUCAAUCGUGUCGUCUUAUUAAGUGUGUUGGAAUGUACGUGAAAACUUGCUGGAAAUUUUUUUAACGAUGAUGUUCUCUUCAUUACUUCUCCUUAAAUUUUUUUUAAUAUGGAAUAUAUUCGAUGGAGCUCUUUCGUAUACCGAAGAAAUUGUACGAUAUCAUGGUCAACCAUUAGGAUAUAGAAUGCCAACGUCUUAUGGACCACCGACGCGUGGAUGGUCAUCGGAAAUAUGGAAUCCUGGGGUACGAAGAAUGGGAAGUCAAUUGUACAGAAGGGACGUUCAAAUUCGACCGCCCCAUGUACACUUCGUUAAGAUCGAAGAAGAACAGACUGAUCCUUUGGCGACUUUAAGCGAAACAUUAGGUGCAUUGAAUACCGUGGGAAGUUAUAUCGUUAAUAUGACGAGAGGAAUGGAAAAUUCAAGUAGCCCGCCAAAAGAACUUCCAUCUGCAUUGUAUACCAUUUCGAAAAAUAUUUUAGGACUCAAUGUAACAGACAGUAUAGCACCAUUGGUAAGAAGAGGUGUUGGUUUAACAUCCAAACCAUCAAUCAAGAUACAAACAACAGCAACGGCAGCAGCAGCAACAACAGCAACAACAACGACGACGACAACAACAACGACAACAUUAGAACCUACAGUCAUAGCGAUAACACCUACAAAUUUAUCAAAACCUAUUUCUCAAGCACUUCCUCAACAAUCAGUGGAAUUAGCUAACAGAGAUAGAGAUUCUUUAUUACCUACAUGCAUUACGGCAGAGGGUUCAUCGGGGAAAUGUCAAGAUCUCAGCAAUUGUCCGCAAUUGCUGUUGGAUUUAAAAAAAUUAAGACAAUCAUUAUGCUUUAAAAGUAUAUUCGUACCUGGUGUUUGUUGUCCUACGAAAAAAUCAGACGAUUUAUCGGAUGAUGGAAUAAUUACUGGUACCAUUUCACCUGCAUUAAUCCAGACCACUGUUCGACCAACUCGACCACCAUAUCGUCCUAUAAAACCACCUACACCACGACCUAUACCAUUGUAUCCAGUUGAUUCAUCUACUUUAGAACCAUCGACCGGAACGAUCCAAAUGCCAGACUUGUCAAUUAAUAAUUCGAACAAUGUCGAGACAUUAGGCACUGUCGACAAUAAUUACAUACAAGACGACGAAGAAUGUGGAGUGAGAAAUUCUGGGAAGUAUAGGGUCGUUGGAGGUGAAGAAGCAUUGCCAGGACGUUGGCCAUGGAUGGCAGCUAUUUUUCUUCAUGGUUCUAAACGUACAGAAUUUUGGUGUGGAGGCUCCUUAAUUGGACCACGGCAUAUUCUAACUGCUGCGCAUUGUACGAGAGAUCAACGACAACGACCAUUCGCCACGAGGCAAUUCACAGUACGCCUUGGUGACAUAGAUUUAGAAAGAGACGACGAGCCGUCCUCACCAGAAACUUAUGCUGUUAAAGCGAUUUAUGCUCAUCCAAAAUUUUCUCGAGUUGGUUUUUACAACGACAUCGCUGUCCUUGAGUUAAACAGACCUGUGAAAAAGUCACCCUAUGUAAUACCAAUAUGUCUACCACAGGGACGCUUUCGUAGUGAAGCAUUUGCUGGUGCUAGACCAACUGUGGUUGGAUGGGGAACAACCUAUUAUGGUGGAAAGGAAAGUACAGUUCAACGACAAGCAGUAUUGCCCGUAUGGAGAAAUGAGGACUGUAAUGCGGCUUACUUUCAACCAAUUACGAGUAAUUUCUUAUGCGCUGGUUACAGUCAAGGUGGCAAGGACGCUUGUCAAGGUGAUUCAGGUGGCCCGUUAAUGUUAAGAGCCGAAGGUCGAUGGAUGCAGAUAGGCAUCGUAUCUUUUGGUAACAAAUGUGGUGAACCUGGUUAUCCUGGUGUUUAUACGCGUGUCACGCAAUAUCUCGAUUGGAUAAAAGGCAAUUUAAAAUAAAUUCAUUAUAUGUAUAUUUUUGACAUGUGCCAAGGAAUAAUAAAUGGCAUUUUUUUUUUGUACAGUUUCUAAACAUGUACAGUAUAAUGUCAAUUUGAUUUAUUAAUCAUAUUAUUGUGAAUACAUAAUAAUGUG